CAAAUAAAAAUAUCAACAAGAUUUUUGCAGCAAUUUUAAAGAGAAAAAAAUAGAUUAAUCAUGCGGAGUUUUCCAAAUAUUUUCGUAACAGUCGGUACAACACAAUUUAGUGGCUUGAUCAAUGCUCUCAAUUCACAAGAAAUGGCCACAGCUCUUGAAGAUGUUAAUUGCAAAAAGUUAACGAUUCAAUGCGGGGAUCAGGACGUACCAGCGAGCAAGCACUCAUCAUCCAUCGAAAGGAUAACUUACAAUUAUCUCCCUUCCAUCAUUGAUGACAUCCGGAGGGCUGAUCUCGUCAUCAGCCACGCUGGAGCUGGAACAUGCAUCGAUGUCUUGAAGCACCGGAAACCCCUUAUUGUGGUUGUCAAUGACACCCUAAUGCACAACCAUCAAAUUGAACUGGCUCAGCAAUUGGGGGAGGAAGGUGUGCUCGUCCACUGUACUCCUGCUACACUCCCGGAAACCCUAAAACAUUUUGAUACAGAAAAAUUAAAAGACUACCAGCGAGGAGACCCCAUGAACUUUGUCCGGGAACUUGAUAAAUUGAUGGGAUUUUAGCACAAAUAAAAUUAAAAAAAAAACAUUUCAACUGAAGCAAGACAUU